AUGGGAACCUUGCUGAUCUCCAAAAUCCGAGAAGAAUUCCCCGACCGUAUGAUGGCCACCUUCUCCGUCGUCCCCUCACCCAAGGUCUCUGAUACCGUCGUUGAGCCCUACAACGCGACCUUGUCGGUCCACCAACUGGUCGAAAACUCUGACGAGACCUUCUGUAUCAACAACGAGGCCCUCUACGACAUCUGUUUCCGCACCCUGAAGUUGGCCACACCCACCUACGGUGACCUCAACCACUUGGUCUCGAUUGUCAUGAGUGGUAUCACCACCUGUCUCCGAUUCCCCGGUCAGCUGAACUCCGACUUGCGUAAACUGGCCGUCAACAUGGUCCCCUUCCCCCGAUUGCAUUUCUUCAUGGUCGGAUUUGCUCAACUUACCGCCCGUGGGAGCCAGCAGUACCGUGCCAUCACUGUGCCUGAGUUGACCUCGCAUAUGUUUGAUGCCAAGAACAUGAUGGCUGCCUCAGACCCGAGACACGGCCAAUACUUGACCGUCGCCGCCUACUUCCGUGGUAAGGUUUCGAUGAAAGAAGUCGAAGAAAACAUGCUGUCAGUCCAAAGCAAGAACUCGAACUACUUUGUUGAGUGGAUUCCAAACAACGUCCAAACCGCUCAUUGUGACAUCGCACCUCGUGCACACAAGAUGUCUGUGACAUUUAUCGGUAACUCGACUGCCAUCCAAGAUUUGUUCAAGCGGGUGGCCAAUCAAUUCACGGCCAUGUUCAGACGUAAAGCUUUCCUGCAUUGGUAA